AUGUAUUCGCAGGCCAACGUAGCCACGCUGCUGCAGAUCGUCGCGUCCGACAGCGACGUGCGGGCAAGAUUCGAGCCGCUGGGAACUGCAGAAUGCGCGGCCGCCGCCGCCGCAGCCUUUGUGCGCGCGGCCGAGGCAGAGGCGGAGGCGACCGCCGCCGCCGCCGCCGGCGGGCCAGGCGCCGCCUGCGACGCAGCCGUGCGCAGGCGCGUGCACGCCCUCGCCGGCUUGCUGAUGUGCGUCUGCUGCGUCCCAGGCGGCGACGCGCAGGUCAUCGCGACCGCGGCCGCCGUCGUGCACACCCCCGGCGAGGUCGAGGCGCUGCUGCGCGCGGGGUUGGUUGCCGCCGCGCUGCAGAGCCUGGACGAUCGCGUCAGCCCUUUGAAGUGCCUCGUGGUCGUCGCCUCGGGCAUAAAGCGCGCCGACGGCCACCAGGGCGACGCGGAGCGCGCGGCAGUGGCGGCCUGGGUGCGCGUCGCGACAGAGUCGGCGGGCCUCGCGGCCGACGCGCUGUGCGAGAGCCUCGCGGAGGCCGGCCCGCGCGCUGAGCUGGCGGUGCAGCUCGCGCUGCACCUGACGACGCGCCUGCGCUCCUUCGAGCCCGUCGCCCGGGCCGUCGCCGCCGCGGUCGCGGCCCGCGCGGCGCGCUUCUUUCCGCUGCUCGCCGCGGCCGCGCGGCGGCCGGGCGCGGCGCUGGGGCUGCAGGAGGACUUGUGGGAGGCGCUGCUCGGGGGCGUGCAGGAUCGCGACCAAGCGAUGGCCGCCGCGUGCUGCCCCGAAACCGUGGGCGCGCUGCUUUCGGUCCUUGCGUCGGCGCGCGCCGCGCAGCCACGGUCGGCCCCAUCCGGGCUCGACCUGUUGGCAGCGGCGCACAAGGCGAGCGCACUGGGCCUGCAGGGGGUCGCGGCGGAGUGGCUUGCGCAGAUGGUAGUUUUAGAGCACAAAAUCGCCCCCUUGAGGCGCAGCGUCCUUGCGACGGCGCCCGGCGCGGCGGCGGCGCUGGUCGGCGGCGCGCGUGCAGCGCUGGAUGCGGCGGCGGCUGCGGCGGCGGUAGCAGAGGGCCGUGCUCCCAGCCAGGGCUCCAAGCUGGCCGCGAAUGUGUUGUGGACGAUGGCCGCGGUGGGCGUUCGCGAGGUGGGCGUCGAGGCAAGUUUGCGGCCAUCAGGCGACGGCGGCGGCAGCAGCGGCAGCAGCAGCGGCGGCACCGGCAGCGACAGUAGCAACUUCUUCAGCAGCAGCAGCAGCAGCAGCGGCAGCGGCAGCAGCAGCAGCAACAGCCGCGAGAGCAGCGGCCGUGGCAGCCACGCCCACGAUGACGGCUCCAGCAGCAACUGGAUGUGGCUUGAGGCAUUGCAGCGCUUCAGCGCUGUGCCGCUUGCGGUACGUGCGCUGGAGAUGCCGCAGCUCACCCUGAGCGGCGACGCGCAGGUCAUUGCGGCUGCCGCCGCCGUCGUGAACACGCCGGGCGCGGUCGAGGCGCUGCUCCAGGCGGGGCUGGCUGCCGCCGCGCUGGAGAACCUUGACGAUCGGGUCAGCCCCUUGAAAUGCCUUUCGGCGGUCGCCACGGGCAUCAAGCGCGCCGACGGCCAGCAGGGCGAGGCAGAGAGCGCGGCCGUUGCUGCCUGGGUGCGCGUCAUGACUGAGUCGGCGGGCCUCGCGGCCGACGUGCUGUGCGACUGCCUCGCGGAGGCUGGACCGCGCGCUGAGCUGGGGAUGCAGCUCGCGCUCCACCUGACGUGCAUCCUCCGCACGUUUGAGCCGGUGGCCAUGGCCGUGACCGCGGCGGUCGCUUUGCGCGCGGCACGCUUCUUCCCGCUGCUCGCGGCGGCCGCGCGGCGGCCGGGCGCGGCACUGGGGCUGCAGGAGGACCUCGACGGCUGCAGCUGCGGCGGCAACAGCAGCAGCAGCAGCCGCGAAACCAGCAGCAGCGGCAAGCACGUCCACAAUAACGGGACCAGCGGCAACUGGGCGUGGUUUGAGGCAUUGCAGCGCUUCAGCGCUGUGCCGCUCGCGGUGCGUGCGCUGGAGAUGCCGCAGCUCACCCUGAGUCAGAAGACCGACGCUGCAUUUUUGCUUGCAGCCCUGGUGUACGGGCAGCAGCGGCGGCAGCAGGAGCAGGAGCAGGAGCAGGAGCGCGGGGCAGGGGGUGCCAGCGGAAACGCCGCCUCCACCGACGCCUGCCUUGCCGACGGCGGCGAUGCGGCGGCGCUCCGAUCGCGGGCGUGGGCCGUGCUUGCAGAAGCUAUGCUCAAGGGUUGGGGCCUGACGGAGGUGCAGUGGCUCUGCGGCUUCAGCCACACCUUCAGGAACGAGCUGGCGGCUGCACCUGGCGCUUUGGCGGCGGUUGCGGCGAUUCUACUCAACCCACAAACAAGCCAAAGCGAUGCGGCACUGGCGCUGCAACUGAUUGACGAGCUUGAGGUUUGGGCUGCCUGGCGGUGGCAGCUCGACGGCCGUGACAACCGCGACCGCAGCCGUGUCAGCAGCGGCGGCGGCGGCAGCAGCGGCAGCGGCAGCAAGGGCGGCGGCUUCAGCGGCAGGGGCAUGAAGUUGACACUUGCAGAGUGCCAGUGGCGUUUCCUGAAGCACUGCACAAGCCUCGAGGAUGCUUGA